AUGGAACUAACAGCAUCCUCAGCUCUCGAGCUGGUCUCCUCCUUCGCAACAGAAUGGCCACCGACAAAACUCCAGGACGUUCAACUUCGACGAGUCACAGGCGGCCUCGUCAACACUCUCCAUCUCCUGACUCGCUCCUCCAAAGCCAAGCAUGAGCCCACGUGUGUCCUCAUCCGCCACUUCGGCCUCGAGAACUCCCUAGAAGAGCCGCCAGCAAGCAGCACCACUCUGACAGCGACAGAGCAGGCCCUCGUCUACCAAGAAAUGGCACGUAAAGGUUGGGGAGCGAGGAUCUAUGGAACUUUUCCCGGCGGCAGGCUGGAAGAGUAUAUUGAUUCGCGGCCCCUGACCGCUGCAGAGUCAAUAGAUCCUGACAUCCUCAGAGAUAUAGCGCGGAGCUAUGCUCGGCUGCAUUCUCUGGAUGUUCCGCUUCGUAAGCGGAGCUUGACGCGGAUGGUUGGUGAGUCCAAGGCCCUGGUCUCGAAACGUAUGUCGAAAGCAGCAUUGUCGCUGGCCGCUCUGCCUUCGUCCAAUGGAGGCAAGCUGGAUGGCAUACUUCGCACCUACAAUUGGCACCAAGAGCUGGACUGGCUAGCCCUCCUCUUCGAGAGACACCAUUGCAGACCAUCCAUUGCAAUAGGAGACUCCAACUACCUCAACGUCCUGAUCAAGAACUUUCCAGAUCUUGAUUGUCAAGUGAUGCUGAUCGACUACGAGACUGCCACUCACACUUACCGAGGGAUCGAUAUAGGUGGCCAUUUCAAUGACAGGAUGUAUAACUGGGGCCAUGCCACUUCCGAGCUCACAGGGUAUGAUGCGCAUGGUGAGGAAGAGAGGAGAAGCUUUUGCGAGAGUUAUCUGGCGGAGAUGAGGGAGCUGGGACAGGAUUUGACGGAGUAUGAUACGGUGGAGCGUCUUUUGCUUGAGGCUGAGAUUGGCAUGAUGUGGCAGAUUGUGUUCACGAUCUUGAUGUGUGUGGUGUUUGAUGAGGAGGUGGAGGGCGAUGAGUUGUUUUUAGAGGGGUUGGUGCAUGUUGCGGAGACGUAUGGACGGGUUAAGGGCGAGUUCCUGAAGAGAUAUGGUGGUGAGUAG